AACUCACACACAAUAGGUGUUUGGGCAAAUCAAAAUUUAUGAUGAAUUGAAUUUCUCUUUCCUUUCAUCCCUUCUCUUUUGCACAAAUCUUCAUUGAAACAUUACAUGGAAACAUUCACCUCCCUUCUCACUCGUUAACUCUUUUCUCUGAAGCUGGACACACAUAAGGUAGCUCAUUGUUGAAUUUGGAAGCUAGUUUAUUUUUAAUGGAUUGCAACAAAGAUGAGGCUAUCAGGGCUAAGGAAAUUGCUGAGAAGAAGAUGCAGAGCAAUGACUUCGAAGGUGCCCGUAAGAUUGCUUUGAAAGGAAAAAACCUCUACCCGAAACUCGAAAAUAUUACCCAGAUGCUGAGCAUCUGUGAUGUGCACUGCUCAGCUCAGAAAAUGGUUCUAGGAUCCGAAAAGGAUUGGUAUGGAAUCCUUCAAGUUGAAAAGUCGGAUGACGAGGCAGCGAUCAAGAAACAAUAUCGCCGGCUAGCACUUAUUCUGCAUCCCGAUAAAAAUCAAUUCCCUGGCGCUGAGGGGGCUUUUAAGUUGAUUUGUGAAGCAAAUGCAUUGCUUUCGGAUCCAGCAAAGAAAUCUACGUACGACAAUAAGAUAAAUGUCUGGUCCGGAUCUACUACAAACCCUCUGAAUCAUCAGACUAACAGAAGCUUUCAGGUCAAUAAUCAAUAUGGUGCUCAAAACAGAAACGCAUCUGAUGGUUUCAGCAGCCUGAAUCGAGAUCAAAAUACGGACUCUACCUCGGUUUUCUGGACACAAUGCCCUUUCUGCAAAGUAAACUACCAGUAUCUGAGACAAUAUAUAAACAAAUGUUUGCAGUGCAUCAAAUGCCAUAAGAGUUUUGAUGCAUAUGAAAUGACUGCUCCGUGUGUUUCCUCGACUAGUUUGGGGAACCAAGGCUCUCAGCAUGUGCCAUCAAAACCUGAUAUACACCAAGUUGAUAGUUCUCAAGAGACUGAUCGGGAAAAUCGGGAAAAUGGUGUGCAAAAUAUCGAAGUGUCUUCAGUGUCUGGAUCACAAGGGGAUGUCAGCAUGAAAAGUGUUCAACCAGAGGCAGGUUUCCGAAAAGGAGGUCGUUCCGAGAGUAUCAAGGUAGCUAGUAAUGCUGAAAAUUUGAAGACCGGGACGGAAGGCAAGAAGAGGGGGAGGAAGUUAGUGAUACAAUACAGUGAUGAUUCUGAUACUGAGCCAGAGCAUGUAUCGUACACGAAAGCUGAUGAAGAUUAUCAUUCUGGACCUCGUAAGAGAGCUCAAACAAGCGAAGAAGCAGAUGUUGAGAAGCAUAAGGAUGGCAAUGAAAACAAAGAGACAGGAGCUGAUUACCCCAAAGAAAGUUUGAAGGAAAAGAAUAAGAGCACUGACAAAGAAGCUGAGAUCAGAGGCGAAACUGGCAGUAGGUCUUGUGUAGUGGAAAUUGAAAGCUCUGACAUAGAUUUAUCUUCAAGUAAUGAUUCAGAUACAGGCUAUUUCGAGUGUCCUGAUCCAGAAUUUUACGAAUUUGAGAAGAUGCACGAUGAAAGCCUAUUUUGUGCGAAUCAGUUUUGGGCUUGUUAUGAUACGUUAGAUAGCAUGCCAAGAUUCUAUGCUAAGGUUAGGAAGGUACGCUCUUCUCCGUUUAAAUUGCAUAUUACAUGGCUGGAAGCUGCUCCUAUACAUGAUUCUUGUAAAAGAUGGGUAGAAACGGAGUUACCUGUUGGUUGUGGAAGCUUUAAACUCGGUAAACCUGAUACUAUAUCAGAAUGCUUGUCACUUUCUCAUCAAGUGCAUUGUAUAAAAGGCAAAAAGAAAGGUUCUUUUUUCAUAUACCCAAGAGAAGGGGAAGUGUGGGCUCUUUUCAGAGACUGGGACAUGAGUUGGAGUUCCAACCCAGAGAAUCAUAUGGGAUUUAGAUAUGAAAUUGUAGAGGUGCUCUCUGAUUUUGCUGAAGGUAUUGGCAUAAAAGUUGCGUAUUUGGAAAAGGUUAGUGGAUUUGUGAGCCUUUUCAAGAGAGCAGACCAAAGUGAGAGUGAUUCAUUUUUAAUAGGGCUGACAGAGCUGUACAGAUUCUCGCACUGUGUUCCCAGUUUCAAAUUGACUGGCACGGAACGAGAGGGAGUGCCGGUAGGUUCAUUUGAACUUGAUACCGGCUCCUUACCUCUUAAUCCUGAUGACUUGCAUUUCCCUGGGAGAGCCAAGAUCGAGCGGGGAUAUAAGAAUCCAAGCGUUGGGAACUCACUUCCGAAAUAUGCAAAGGAAAGGGGUAAAUCUUCUUCGACAGGGAGUUCUUGAAGUGAAGGUGACGAACUGAUUUAAUCAUGUAGUCGUCCGAAUUACAUGUGUUUACAAGGCUGGUAAAGAUUUAUGGCUAACAAAUACUAAUAGUAGGUACUACUCUUAGAUGAAGGAUUGUGCAGAGACUGCUACGUAUUUUCAUGUUCCAGCUUACUGUUAUUAGUAUUAAAAUUAGCUUUUAUUAAA